UCCCGUGAACUCCACUUCUCAUUAACUUUUCUCCCGGAGACUUCCUAACGGUCAGUCGGUGAGAAACUUGUGUUGCCCUCCAUUCCAUUUUUUAUCUCAGCGGACCCCUGCCCAGCUUUAUCAUGCGUGAGUGCAUCUCUAUCCACGUUGGCCAAGCCGGUGUCCAGAUUGGUAAUGCCUGUUGGGAACUAUACUGCCUGGAACAUGGUAUCCAGCCUGAUGGGCAGAUGCCAAGUGACAAGACCAUUGGGGGUGGGGAUGACUCUUUCAACACCUUCUUCAGUGAAACUGGGGCUGGGAAACAUGUUCCCCGUGCUGUGUUUGUAGACCUGGAGCCAACUGUUAUUGAUGAAGUUCGAACUGGAACCUACCGCCAGCUCUUCCACCCUGAGCAGCUGAUCACUGGCAAGGAAGAUGCUGCCAAUAAUUAUGCCCGUGGACACUAUACUAUUGGGAAGGAAAUAAUUGACAUAGUUCUGGACAGGAUUCGGAAGCUUGCUGAUCAGUGCACAGGUCUUCAAGGCUUCUUGGUUUUCCACAGCUUUGGUGGUGGGACUGGUUCUGGUUUCACCUCUCUGCUGAUGGAACGUCUAUCUGUCGAUUAUGGCAAGAAGUCCAAGCUGGAAUUCUCCAUCUACCCAGCCCCUCAGGUUUCCACAGCUGUAGUUGAGCCCUACAACUCCAUUCUGACCACUCACACUACCCUGGAGCACUCUGAUUGUGCCUUCAUGGUAGACAAUGAGGCUAUCUAUGAUAUCUGCCGCAGAAACCUUGACAUUGAACGCCCAACCUAUACUAAUCUGAAUCGCCUUAUUAGCCAAAUUGUGUCCUCCAUCACUGCCUCUCUCCGAUUUGAUGGUGCCCUGAAUGUUGAUCUGACAGAAUUUCAGACCAACCUGGUGCCCUAUCCCCGUAUCCAUUUCCCUCUGGCCACAUAUGCCCCAGUCAUCUCUGCUGAGAAAGCCUACCAUGAGCAGCUGACUGUAGCAGAGAUCACCAAUGCUUGCUUUGAGCCUGCCAACCAGAUGGUGAAAUGUGACCCUCGCCACGGUAAAUACAUGGCUUGCUGCCUGCUCUACCGUGGUGAUGUGGUUCCCAAAGAUGUCAAUGCUGCUAUUGCCACCAUCAAGACAAAGCGUAGCAUCCAGUUUGUGGAUUGGUGUCCAACUGGCUUCAAGGUUGGCAUCAAUUACCAGCCUCCCACUGUGGUUCCUGGAGGUGACUUGGCCAAGGUACAGCGGGCUGUGUGCAUGUUGAGCAACACCACAGCUGUUGCUGAGGCCUGGGCUCGCCUGGACCACAAAUUCGAUCUGAUGUAUGCUAAGCGUGCCUUCGUGCACUGGUAUGUAGGGGAAGGCAUGGAGGAAGGAGAAUUCUCUGAGGCCCGGGAGGAUAUGGCUGCCCUGGAGAAAGAUUACGAGGAGGUUGGAGCAGAUAGUGCUGAGGGAGAUGAUGAAGGUGAAGAAUAUUAAUUUGUAUGUUUUUCUUUACUGUCUUUUUUCUGUUUUGUGAAAAUGUCCACUGUGGUCAUUAAAUGUCAAUAAAAUUGAUACUUUUAUUUCAGGGGA